AUGAGCAAACCUGGAUUAGGUCUAAACUCAUUUCAUUUGGUUUUCAUUGAAAAAUCAUAUGGCGACAUCGACGAACGGCAGCGAAUCUAUUCUGAUAAAACUAUGAGAUUUGAUGAAGAAAUCAUGAUCUGCUUUUUCCAUCAGAAAGAAAAGGUUACCUAAAUUGUAGACAAUAAAAAGAAAAUUAUAAAGCAAUGCCUGAAAUGA